GGUGGAGCGCGUAAAUCGCGGAUAUCCCGUUCUGUAAAAUGGCGGCGUGACAGAGGCUUGUUUAAAAUUUUAGUUUGAAACAACGUCGUCACAGUUUCCGUCAGGGGAGUGUCUGGACCUGCCUCACAUUUAAGAUAUAAUAACAGGAAUUUUAACUUCCUGAAAGGACCAGCAGUGAUGGCCAAACGAAUCGCUGAUAAGGAGUUGACCGACAGGAACUGGGAUCAGGAAGAAGAAGGAGAGGAGGCAGGGACCUUUUCCAUUGCCAGUGUUGAUGUGCUGAAGAACCGACCGAUCAAGAAGGCCAAGCGUAGGAAUAUUGGAGAGAGUGAGAACCCCGGUGCCUUCAAGGGCUUUAAGGGCUUCUCCCUGACGUCAUCGACGUCCAGCGCCGCCGCCCCCACCACCGGGUUCUCCGGCUUCGGGAACGGCGGCGGCUUCAAGGGGCUGGCGGGGCUGUCCAAUGGCAGCACUCCGUUCGGGGGCUUCUCGUCCACCACCGCCCCCGGUUUAACAUUCAACGGCCCCGCCUCCUCCUCCUCCACCACGGCCGGCGACGUCACCACCAAUGGCUCCGCCCCCAGCUCCACUCAGAGCCCCGGCGCUCUCGGCAGCGGCAUUAGCGGCGGCGGCAGCGGCGCCGUCGGUAACAACAAGGAGUACAGCCGGCAGCUCACGGCGCUCAACUGCUCGGUGCGCGACUGGAUCGUCAAGCACGUCAACGGCAACCCGCUGUGCGACCUCAACCCCAUCUUCAGGGACUACGAGCAGCACCUCGCCAGCAUCGAGAGGAAGUACGGCGCCACAGCGGCGGCCGCCACCGACGGGGGUUCCCAUGGCAACGCGCCAGGGGGAGAGAAGCAGGCGGGGGGGGCACUGCCAGCCUCCUCUUCCUCUUCCUCUUCUUCUUCUUCCGCCGACGCUUCUCCUUCCUCCUCCUCCUCCUCCUCGUCAGCGGCGGCGGCGGCGUUGCCCUCCUUCUCCUCGCCCGCGGCGGGCGCCCCGCUGAAGACGCCGGUGUCUUUGUUCUCCUUCGGCCGGGACGGCGCCGCCGACAAGGGCAGCAGCCCGGCCGGCGCGGCGCCCGUCCCCGCCGGCGUGACGUUUAACUUCGGCCAGAAGCUGGACAGCGCGGCCCUGGGGCCGUUGGCGUCGGGCGGCGGCGGCACCGGCGCCCCCCCCAGCUUCUCCUUCUCCUCCGCCCCGGGCCAGAGCUCCCUGUUCGGGGGCGCCACCGCCGCCGCGUCGGCUCUACCCUUCUCGUUCGGCGGGGCGAAGGCAGAGGCGGCCCAGCCCUCCACCACAGAUGAGAACGGAGAGGAGGAUUCCGACGAGCCCCCCAAAGUGGAGGUCCGGGAGAUCAAGGAGAAGGAUGCCUUCUACUCCCAGAGGUGUAAGCUGUUCUACAAGAAGGACGCCGAGUUCAAGGAGAAGGGCGUGGGCACGCUGCACCUGAAGCCCACUGCCGAGGGGCGCACACAGCUGGUGAUCCGCGCAGACACAAACCUGGGCAACAUCCUGCUCAACAUCGUGCUGGCCCCCUCCAUGCCCAGCUCCCGCGUGGGCAAGAACAACGUGGUGCUGGCGUGCGUGCCCAACCCGCCGGUGGACCCCAAGAGCCCCGCCGUGCCGAUGCCCAUGCUGAUCCGCGUCAAGACCACGGAGGACGCCGACGCCCUCUACAAGAUCCUGGAGGAGAAGAAGGCCUGAAGAGCCCCCCCCCCCCCCCUUCCCUUUGCUCCCUCCAUCCCCUCCUCCUCCUCCUUCCCGUCCCCUCCACCCUCCCUUCCUCCUCCUCCCCAUCUUCGUCCUCUCGGUACCCACCCCCACCCACCUCCGUCACAGCCCAGACAAAUCUCACAUAACACACGAAGUCGGCCCUUCCUUUUUGUCAUCGCUUGCUCAAAGGGACCCGGUCAGAAUUGAGCUGCCGGUCUUCGGUCUCGGGGUCUCGUGUCUCGUCUCUGGAACCCGGAGCCGCCGUCGAAUGAGGGGCCGAGUGUGACUUAAACUACCUAUUUUGAUCUCGACGUCCACAGACGCACACACACACACACACACACACACACACGCAGAGCUCUCUCAAAUGGUCCAACACUAUGACUCCCUCCCUCCUCUCCUCACGUUUUCUUAUUCACAACCAAUCGAUUCUUCGACUGUGAAAGCAGAGUCCCCACUCGUCUCCUGCUGUGAAGCAGUGGAUUUACGUUAGUUUUUAGUUCUCGUCUCCCGUCGGGACGUGGGAUCCUUCCCGCUGCCCGUUGGCAUUCCGUCUGGUCUCCACAUCCAUGCUGCUGUUUUUAUUUGUAACGAGGAACCACGGGCUGACGAACCCUUUUUUAUUUUCAAACGAUACCGUUUGUUAGUUAUUUUUUAUUUGGUUCCGUUUUUGUAGACUGUUGAUGGAAUCUGAGCAUGUUUGAACUUCAAUGUUUUAUACUUGCCAUGAUCUUUUUUUUUUUUUGUUGUCUUAACCAGCGUUUAAUUUUAACGACUAAAGUGUGUUCAGGACCGUUUGGGUUGUAUUUUGUGUGUGUGUGAGUGUGUUUGCGUCUGAAUCAGCGUUACAGGGUGCAGGGGGGGGGGGGGGGGGGGGGGGGGUGAAACUGUAAUCUCUAAACAAUGCUCGGUCGGUUUGGUUUUACAAAUUUUUUAAAGAAAAUUGCAGGAAAUUGAUUCUUCCUCCCACAAGCGGUUAACUGGAGACGGAGGUUUUUAGAGUAUAUUAUAGCUGGAUCCGUGCGUCAGGGGUCCAGAGUGUUGAGGCUGUGUGCUAUUUAUUCUACAGGCGAAACAUUUGUAACCUCCGUGUGUGUGUGCGUGUGCGCGUGUGUGUGUGUGUGUGUGUGAUGAGGGACAUGAUGAUGAAGAGCGACGCGUCGUUAUGAUUGGUUGUUUUCGUGCGUCUCUAUUCAACAUGGGGUGAUUGUUUUGUUUUUCAUUGUUUUCCAAGUGUCCCUUAUGUGACGUAAGAUGGUGGCCUUGUAUGGGAGGUAUGUUGUCAUUGGCUUGUAAGUCAUUUAUUAAAAGAAAAAAAACACCAA